AUGUCGAGGAAUCCUUUUGGGGAUGAUUCUGGUACCUGGAAUGGUGGCUCUACAAGUACAAACCCAUUUGACACAAACUAUGCAGCCCCUGGCAGCAAUCUUUCCUAUGCAACACCCCAAUCGCGUGCCCUCGCCAGCCAACAGCGUGCGCUGGCGAGCAUGAGUCAAUCCGAGCAGGUUGGCAUCAGUACCUUAGAAGAGUUGGCAGAACAAGGCGAGAAAUUGGACCGUGCUGAAGACCGCUUGCGUCAAAUAAGCGAAUUACAGAAGGACAGUCAGCGUCAAAUCAACUCCCUUGGAAGUUGGUUCAAAGGUUUUUUCUCGAAAAAGCCGCCACAGCCUACCACCACAUCUUCAGCCCCCGCCUCGUCGAGCGACCGCAAUCGAGCCACCUCAGUGCCCACGUUCGCUGCUUCGAUUCCUGCAGACACCGGUGAACGUUACCUGACGUCCCCUUCCCAAGCCCAGAUUAAUCAUCUUUGGCUUAAAGUUUAUCGUCUUGUUUUCCUGCACCAGAAUUCAGAUUCCGGCAGUGCUCGAGCUCAAUUUGACCAGAACCUAGACCUUAUGUCGGCGAGAAUGGGUCGUCUGAAAAGCAUGGCGACCACAAUGAACGCGGAGUUGAAGGCGCAGAACGAGCAGUUGGAUCGUAUGGACCCUCUUCUCCUGCGUGUCAUCGACACUGCCACCACACAGAACCGGCAAAUGAACAAGCUCCUCGGUGUUAAGAAUCCUCGUUGA